GUCAUUUUGUUGUGUACCGUGAAAGCCUCAGAACGUGUCCCAGGUUAAAAAUUAAAAAUGAAUCCAAACGCGAUGCCUAGUCCCAAUCAGGAAACACCAACAACAUCCGGAGAGUCGCUGCCGUCGGAUGCACGUGGAUCACUUUCCCUGUCCUUGUGCCUGCCAGGCUAUCAUUAUCGCAUGAGUGCUGAAGAGAAGGAAAAUUAUCUCAUACCGCUCGGACUUACAACCCUGCAAGAAAUUAGGGAAUUUGCAAAUGGACCCGGAAUCGCCAUCCUUCAUAUGCCAGAAUUUAUAGUGAAACCCGAAUUAGAUAUGGAUUCCUUGGAAAGCCUUGAUUCAUCUGCGCCUACGGACACGCAGAGCAACGCUGCUAGUGACAACAAUCAGGACAUCGACGCUAGCGAGCCAUUCGUAUUUUAUCAACCAGUUGCAGAGCGGGUAAAGGUCAGAAAGAGAGCUUGCACUGAGCGCAAAGGAGCUGCUUCGGAAUGAUGAUGUGACUGAGGUUGGCGAAUGGAGUGGAACAUUCUGGUUGCAAGCCCCAUCCAAUCCGCAAUCGGAUCCAUAAGUAAUCCAUCAGGAAGUCGGAACAUGCGCAGCCUUUUUUUUGGUAUAGAAUUUGCUAAAUUUUUAAUUUUUUUCAUAUUUAAAUCUUUGACUAAAAAUGUUAUCUGGACGCCUAAUAAUUUGUAUUAAUUGUAUUUGUAAAUCAGUUGCCAUUGCGUGCCAUUUGCGAGCAAGUAUUUAUUUAUGCCCAUAAAUAUUCUGCACUCGUUAAAAUUUGCAUUUGGAGUUGCUGCUCUUGCGCGGCAACGACUGGUUGGCGGAUUUAAUCCAAAUGCCUGCACACAUUCAACGUUUUUGUUAUUGAAUUUUAAUUAAUUUCACAAAUAAUGGCGCACAACAAGAAAAAAGGAACACCAACCAGCAACCAAACAAAUGAGUUUAUGUCAAACGCAAAUUAAGAAUGACAAAAUGUACAAUUCCCAGGGAAACAAA